AUGCGCACCCGCGCCGGCGGCGCGCCGGCCCCGACGCCGCCCGCCCCCUGGCCACGCCCCCGCUGCCGCUGCCGCCUCCGAGCCCUUGUGUCCCCGCCGCGCGCGUCGCUCGCAUCGCACGAGCUGCACCCUCUGCGAGCCGCAGACAGCGGCGGCGACGAGCUCAGCCCCGCCCUGGCAGCCCUGCGAUCCGGCGGCGUUUUCGCAGUGUAUGAUGCAGCCGGCUCUUUGCAAUACAUAGGCCUCAGCCGCCAGCUCGCCGGCUCCCUCGCCGGCCUCGCCGCUGCAUUCCCCGCGGAGGAAGCCGCGAGCGCCCGCGCAAAGCCGCUGCCCGGCGCGGGCGCCGCGGCGCUGCAGGCCGCGUGGGCGGAGAGCAUACGCGAGCACGGCGCCGCGCCGCCCUGCAACGCGCGCGGCGCGGAUCCGCGGUGGGCGAAGCCGCCGCGUGUCGAGCCGCCGCUGGCGCCGCCGGCGCCGCAGCAGCAGCAGCACGCGCAGCACGCGCCCCCCGACACCGACGCCGCGCGGUGGGCGGCGCCGGGCGUCGAAGCGCUGCUUGCGGGCGCGGACGCCGCCGCGCGGCUCGAAGCGGCAGGGUUUGUCGUCAUCGACGGAGCCCUCGACGCAGCCGCC